AUGGAAAAAGCGGAAACUUCUCUCCUCUCUCCGCCGUCUGAGGCUGCCUCCGCCAUUCCACUUGAUUCACCAAUCCGGACUACGGCCAUUCACCCCGAUCUCCCUGAAAUUCAGGUACCAAGUGAGCCGUUACCAGUCUAUCGCUACCAUCCGAUCACCUGCCAACCGAUUGAAGAGCAAGAUGUGCAUUCUGAACUUGAACAAUUGCGACAAGACUUCCCGACUCGCGAGACGGCAUUGAGAGCACAGGAGCAGGCCGCUAAGGAAAUAAAGCGCAAAAUCGAGGAAGCUGAGAAGAAGAGAGAGUAUAUCCAAAGAGAAAUGGACAAGAAGAACAAGGAAAGAGAUACCGAGCUUAAGGUCGUCUCCAAAUACCACCAAGUGAAGGCAUCGGACAUUCCAUCUUGA